AUGCUGACUCAGGAAAGCAGACUGGUAAACUUAAACACUACUCAAAUUAAUAAAAAAUCUAAAAACAAUAAUUAUAAUAACUUUAUUAAAUGUCCUCAUUGCUCCCAAUCUCAUUCGUUGUAUAAAUGUGAAUCUUUCAGAAUCUUAUCAAUUGAAAAUCGCAUUAAAAAAGCUAAUGAUUAUAAUGUUUGUCUUAACUGCUUACGCUUUGGACAUACUGCUAAGCAAUGCAAACUAUCUCAUUGUAAAUAUUGCAAAACAAAACAUAAUACUUUAUUGCAUUUAGAAUCUACUGAACCCAAACAAUCUUCCAAACCAUGGCUUUCUGCUUCGCCUUCCGCAUCAAAUGUUAUGCUAUCAGCUACUUCUAUGCAGCUUGCUACUUCUGCGCAUGUUUUACUGUCCACAGCUAUGGUGAACGUGAUCAGCGCGACCGGUAAGAAGUACGCAGCCCGUCUAUUGCUGGACAACGGUAGUACGGCGAAUUUUAUAACGCAAAGCUUAUCAGAGAAACUGGGUUUGUCAUUAAGCGGUGCGAGCACCAAGAGGGGAAGUGAAGCCUGGAUCCCUGGUCCUCAUCAAGGA